AUGGAGACCUCGACCUCUUCUUCGCCAUCAGUCCACGAGAAAAAGGAUCAAGAGACCUCUACAGUCUACCCUUCAACUAUCGAACCCCUGACCGGUGGACGGGACGAUGCCACCGACGGUGACGUUCGCAAGGUUACCGGCUUUUGCUGGUUCCUCAUCUGUGCCGCCCUCUACCUCUCGGCCUCGAUGUACGGACUCGACACAACCAUCGCCGCCGAUGUGCAGGGGGCCGUCAUCGAGACCUUCGGCGAGGUUUCGCAGUUGGCCUGGAUCGGCGCUGGCUUCCCGCUGGGGUCGGUGGCGGUCAUCCUGCCGUACGGAUUUCUCUACACGACCUUCAACAUGAAGUAUCUGUACAUCGCGGGUAUUAUACUCUUCCAGGCCGGGUCGGCCCUCUGUGGUGCCGCGCCCACAAUGAAUGCGCUGAUCGUUGGCCGCGUGUUUGCCGGCGCCGGCGGCACAGGCAUCUACCUGGGCGGCCUGAACCACUUCUCAGCUCUGACAAUGCGACAAGAACGCGGCAUCUAUCUCACCGGCACGGGCUUUGUCUGGGGUCUGGGCGCCAUUCUCGGCCCCGUUGUGGGCGGUGGCUUCUCCGACUCGUCGGCUACCUGGCGAUGGGGGUUCUACAUCAACCUCAUCAUCGGCGCCAUCACAGCCCCCGUCUACCUCUUCUACCUGCCGCCCAUUCACCCGGCCGCAGGCAAGCCCCUGAGGGACCGUCUCCUGCGACUCGACUACCUCGGCUUUGUCCUCAGCGCAGCUGCUUGGGUUACAUUUACCAUGGGGUUCAUCUCGGCUGGCGGCGUGUGGGCCUGGCAUGAAGGACGCACAAUCGCCCUCCUCGUCGUCUUCGCCGUGCUCCUCGUCCUCUACGCCCUGCAGCAGUACCUAUGUCUCUUCACCACGACCGCUACACGCUCCUUCCCCGGCCAUCUGCUCCGCUCGCGCACGCAGAUCCUGCUUUACAUCACCACUACCUGCGCCAACACUGGGAUGUUCUUCACAGCUUACUACAUCCCCAUCUACUUCCAGUUCACACAAAACGACAGCUCCCUAAUGGCCGCCGUGCGGCUGCUCCCCUACCUAUUAGUCACCAUAACCUGCAACCUAGCCACAGGCUGGGCUCUACCCAAGGUGCAGUACUACAUGCCGCUGUGUUUGAUCUCAGGGGCACUGAUGACCCUAGCCUCAGGGUUAUUCGUCGGACUACUCUCACCCGAUACCCCCACAGCACACAUCUACGGUUUCACGAUCCUCAUGGCCAUCGGCACCGGUAUAACAAUGCAGCUAGGCUACGCUGUCGCCAGCCUGAAGGUUCCCGCGUCGGACAUCUUCAGCGCCAUCAACCUGCAGAACGUCGCCCAGAUCGGCGCCACCGUCCUCUGUCUCGUCAUCGCCGGCCAGGUGUUCCAGUCGACGGCCGUACGGAACUUGACUAGCGUGCUGGCGGGACGCGGGUUCAGCGAAACGGAGAUCCAUGGCGCGGUGGCGGGGACACAGAGUGCGCUGUUUGAGAGCUUGAGGGGGGAUGUGAGGGACGCUGCUGUCGGGGCCAUCACAGCUGCUAUGCGACGGGCGUUUGUCGUUCCGUUGGUGGCGGGGGGUGUGGGGUUGUUUAGCUCGUUGUUGAUGAAGAGGGAGAGGUUGUUGAAGUAA